GACAUGCGGGCGCGCAUAGAGGAAGGCAUCGUGUACUCACCUUACACCUACACUCCACGCGCCGAAGAUCGGACGCUGAGCAGCUUCCUCAUGGAAGCGCUAACAGCCCAUGGAUCGAAGACAGCUUUGAAAGCAUUUGUAGUAGGUGAGAAAAGAUCCGGCUUCAAUGACGUCUCUGAAUUCAGCCGAAAUGACGAAUUACUGAACGAAGACGAAAAGUUUGACACAGGUGAUUGCAUAUUCGCGAAGUGGACCACGGGCACAAGUGCUGUACCUAAAGGCGUCGAAUAUAGUGAAGAACGCUUCCUCGGGCUAAUUUCGUGCCUUGCUGGUUGUGAAUUCCUUUCUUCGAAUGACAUCUUGCUGGGUGACUGGGCUAUUUGCUUUCUCCCGGAGUUCGGCAUGUGGCUUCUGGCACUCAGUCUUGGAUCUACCAUUGCGAUCAGCAAGACGUGCCAGGCUGUACCUCUUGACGUCUUCGACGUAAUAAAAGAUUGUAAGGCAGUUGCGAUGGUUACCAUUUUUCCGAGGCUAAGGCUGAUACUAGACUUUAUGAAAACAUCCCAAGACCGGGGCGAAGUUCUUAGAAAGGCAGUCAGAAGAAUUACUGUGAUCGCCACUAUGCCCACACCAGGCCUGGUAGAAGAGCUGACCAGUACUUUCCAGCUGGACGAACUUCGCACCAGCUAUGGAAUGACCGAAGCGGGAGGAUGCAUGACCCUUACUCCGAAAGGAGAUAAGUCCGUGUAAUAACGUGGGUUUUCCGAUACCUGGAACCAGGAUGAAGGUAAUCGAUCCAGAAAGCAGCAAGAUACUCGGACCCAUACAGUGCGGAGAGGUGCUCUUUGAUACACCGUGCGCUGCACUUCGGUACUGCGGGCAUCCUGAACCUACGGCCACCAUCACAGAUGAACAAGGGUGGAUAUAUACUGGUAACCUCGGUUACUACAACCACGAUGGGAGACUCUUUUUAUGUGGUCGCCUCAAGACGAUGAUGCUGUGCCAGAGGAGGAGAGUGUCUCCAGUUACUAUAGAACACUGCCUAAUAGAACAUACUGCCGUGCAAGAGGUAGCCGUAAUAGGCGUACCCGCGCCGGACGGUGACGAGUUCCCGGCUGCCGUGGUCAUCACAAAGCCGGGAUAUUCGCAGGACCAUCAACUCGCCGACGACCUGAAGCGUCACGUGGCUGAACGAAAGCCCUCCUGCAUGCACUUGCACGGUGGAGUCUACUUCGCCGACGCACUGCCGAAGAGCGCCCUUGGAAAAGCCAGGUCAGCCUCACUUCGAGAGCUUCUCGGAACGCUGCGCAGAAUGGACAGCGCGGGUGAAACUGCUUCUGGCGAUGUGAUGUACUAGAAAGGGUUUGGGUUUGGAACCCACUUCUCGAUGUCCUGCCUGCCAUCUCUCCACGCCAGGGCAUCGUCUUGACCAUCGCUAGCGCGUUUUAAUGUCUUAA